AUGGGCACUGGGUUCUAUCAAGCAAACCACAUGUGUGGCCUUCCCAGAGAGAGUGAGAGCCAUGAGUACACUCUAGAAGAGCAGUUACCAGACUCUGAAACAGCAAACUCUGAUUGGUGCCAUCUUGCAGGUGAAAGGGGGGAAACACAGAGCUCCCUUCCCAGCACUACGCAAGCCCUCCUGGCCCUCCGGACACAUCUCUCAGCACCAUGGAAGUUUGACCUGACUGCGGCCCUGGAGUCCACUUCCAAGAAGCCCCUGGAGGCGGGCCCGGUGGGAGGCCCCAAGCACAGCCCCCGCAAAGUUCAGGGCUGCCCAGAGGCAGGGGCACCUCAGAAUCCGAGGCAUGGCCACAGCAGCUCCUCAGAUUCCAGUAGCAGCAGCUCCAGCGACUCAGACACGGAGGUGAAGCCCCAUGGUGCUGCCUCCAAGCAGCAUGACACCUCCCCGGCCAAGGCCAAGAAGCCCAAGGUGAAGAAGAAGAAGGAAGGGAAGGACAAGAAGAACACUCGCCACUGA